UUCCCCUUUUAAUUUCACAAAACCUCUUUGAUGUGCUUCAUGAGCGCAGAGCCACAGAGAGGGGCUUCACAAAAACAAACUCUAAACCCUCCCUCUCUUGCUUCUUUCUUUCUCAACCAUCAAACCCAUUUCCCAUUCGCUUUUUAUAUUCCAACAAUGGGAAAGCGCAAACGAAUUUCUCAUCAAUCUCACCCCCAAUCCGAUCCUCACAACCCUUCUCCUUCUUCAACCGAAGCCAUUCUCCACUCUUCUAACAUGGAACUAUUGUCAGAUGAGAUACAGAAUGUACACUUCUGCUUAUCUUUGGAAGUAGUAUGAAAAAACCUUCACAUUCAGGCAACUCUAGUGCACCCCCUAUGCAACCCGGACUGGAUAUGACAGAUGGAUCCAUGAAGCUACUGAAUACCCAUCCAACUAUGCCGCAUCAUCAUCAUCAGGGUCUUGGCCGUUCAAUAUUUUUGAAGCGUUCAAGACAUUACUAUGGUCACCAGUAUUCACGGCGCAACUCUGCCAAUCAUGCCAAUGCAUCGUCUUCUCGUGGCAAGGGUGUUUCUUCGUAUGAUGAUAGACUUCCUUUUAAGUUGGCUUAUCAACCCAACUCACAAUCGAGACAACUUGUUGAAUACAGAGAGAAGACAUUUUCCAGACCGGAGAGAAUCCGGUCAAGUUCAAUAACAAUGGAUGCAGUAUCCCCCGAUGCAGUGAAGACGGUAUGCGCGAUUUGUCAGAAGCCACUGAGGCGGAAAUUUAAUCUUCUCGGAGGUUCACUUUCUUGCUGUGAACUCUCUGUUGUGGCCGUUUUAGUAUGUGGUCACAUUUAUCAUGCGGAUUGUCUGGAGCAGAGAACUAGUAUUGAAGAAAUACGGGACCCCUCAUGCCCUGUGUGUUUAGGUCUACUUCUGCAGGUCAAAGGACAGUAAUAUUUUCCAAGGGGAUGAAUGUUACAACAUGAAGUUGAACAUGUGCAACUAAUGAUGAAAGGUUUUUUGGAAGAUAACAAAAUGGAAGACAAUGAGCUCAGCUUGGAUAAUAUGUUGGAGACUAUUAGUAUCAGUCAACAGAAUCUCUGGUUAAUCUUGUAGGGUUUGAGAAUUGGGAGAGAUUGUGUAACUUAUUUUAUACUCUUAAAAUAGUUAUCACUUAUCAAUAGAUGCAUAGGGUAUCAUAAUAAUAGUAUGUAACAACUUAAAAGCUUUACUUA